AUGGCGACAGGACUCUUCUGCCCGUUUGCUCACCGGGUCAAUCUGGUGCGUCAUUUCUGUGUCUUGACCGAUAUUAUCUCCUUGUCCGUGGUCAGACCAAACCCCAACAUCAAAGGGGAGGGAUUACGAUUCCCAAAGACCAACGAUGAAUAUCCCGGCGCAACAGUUGAUGAUCUCUAUGGCAGCGCGUUUCUGCGCGAGAUCUACCUGAGAGCCGAUAAGKACUACAAAGGACCGUACUCCGUCCCAGUGCUCUGGGAUAAGGAGACGGAAACAAUUGUGAGCAACGACUCUGCCGAGAUGCUCCGCUGGCUACCCAAUGCAUUCGACCCCAUUCUGCCGGUAGUCCACAAGAGAGUGCAUCUAUACCCCAAUACUCUGCAAUCUCAGAUUGACGAGAUCACUGCCUGGAUGCAAGCGGAUCUCAACAUUGGCGUUUACAUGGCCGGAAGCGCGGCCUCUCAGGCUGACUACGACAAAGCGGUUCCAGGUGUCUUUCGAGCACUCAACCGGCUCGAGCAACUCAUCCAUAGCAAUGGUGGUCAGUUCAUCUUGGGUAAGCACAUCACCGAGGUCGACCUGAGGGCGUACACGACCAUCAUCCGGUUCGAUCCCGUCUACGUCCAGCACUGCAAGUGCAACCUGGGAACGAUCCGGCACAAUUAUCCGACCAUCAACAACUGGCUGAAGAAUUUAUACUAUAACGUGGAAGGAUUCAGGGAAACCACUAAUUUCAAGCAUAUUAAGGAAAGCUAUCCCAAGACCCAACCCGACAUAAAUCCAAAAGGUAUCGUCCCCAUGGGCCCUAUACCCGAUAUCGAGUCUGGUGUGGAUCACAACUGGGGUCUGGUGAGAGUUGGUUCUAUUUAUGUAGGCUAG